GACUAGAAUUGUUGGCUUAGUUAAAAUUGGUACAUUGCUUUGCUUAAAAUUUUCUAUUUCAACAAUUUUGCCAAGUUAUUCAUGAUAGGUUUGGCAUUGUUGAGGGUCUUAUGACUACUGUUCACUCCAUCACUGCCACUCAGAAGACUGUUGAUGGGCCAUCAAGCAAGGAUUGGAGGGGUGGAAGAGUUGCUUCCUUCAAUAUCAUUCCAAGCAGCACUGGUGCUGCAAAGGCAGUCGGAAAAGUUCUGCCAGCACUGAAUGGCAAGUUGACUGGAAUGGCUUUCCGAGUUCUGACAGUGGAUGUUUCAGUUGUGGAUCUCACUGUGAGGCUUGAGAAAGGAGCUUCUUACCAGCAAAUCAAAGAUGUGAUCAAGGAGGAGUCAGGGGGCAAACUCAAGGGGAUUACGGGGUACACUGAAGAUGACGUUGUCUCAAUAGACUUUGUGGGUGACAGCAGGUCAUGCAUCUUUGAUGCCAAGGCUGGGAUUGCUUUGAAUGAACAUUUCGUGAAACUUAUUGCUUGGUAUGACAAUGAAUGGGGUUACAGUUCACGUGUGGUUGUCUUGAUUGUGCACAUGGCUUCUGUUCAAGCCUGAUGCUAAUCUCAUGAGAUGAUAGAGGGUGACUUUGUUUUGCUUGUGUCGUACUGGUUAGUGUUUUAGGUCCCCUGAGGUUUUGGUUUGGAAUAAACUGCGCAAGAGUCUUGUGUAGUCUUGUUUUGGAUGUUUACUUAUGGAGUCUUUGUGUUAUCUUUGUUUCCCUUGUGUUCAUAG